CGUUGUAUUGCUGCAUUCCUGCUUCUUCCCUGGCCUGGCGUCCCUCCUGGGAAACAAUUCCCGGCCUUCGGCUCCGUGCAUUGCGGGAGCGGCGGGGAAUAUCCUACGAGGGUCGCAGAGAGCCCACCCUUUUUGCGGGCUUUUGGACUGGUUCCUAGGGCGCAGUAUUUGGAGUGGAAGAGGAAAGAGCCGGCCUAGAUAGCCACCAAGCCGUCUGCCCCUCACACACUCGGGAUCCCCGUUCUGAAUUUGAUACUCGCUCAUUUGGUGUGUGCAAUGACACAAUAUCCUGAAACCAUGGAAGACUGUGUGCCCGCCGAAAGUCUGGGACAAGUUUAAGGAGAGAGAGCUCUUCCCUCCUCCACUCAGCAGAAAAUGAACAAGUCCCAGGAGCAAGUGUCAUUCAAGGAUGUGUGUGUGGAUUUCACCAAGGAAGAGUGGUAUUUGCUGGACCCUGCUCAGAAAGUGCUUUACAGAGAUGUGAUCCUGGAGAACUAUAGCAACUUUGUCUCAGUAGGGUAUUGUGUUACUAAGCCAGAUGUGAUUUUCAAGAUAGAGCAAGGAGAAGAUCCCUGGAUACCAGAAAAUGGAUUCCAGUGCCACCCAGAAAGGAAAUGGAAAGCAGAUGACCUGUUAGAGAGCAGCCAGGAAAACCAAGAUGGACACUUUUGGCCGUUCGUGCUCACCAACAAGGUCAUACGUGUAGAGAGUGGUGGUAACACAAGAGAACCUUCCAGUCUAGAAAUGGACCCUGCUUCAACAAGUUUUCUCAAAAUAUGUGACUCGUGUGAAAUGAACUUAAAGAAUAUUUCAGGUGUAAUUAUUAGUAAAAAGAACUAUUCCAGAAAGAAGCUUAAUGAGUUUAAUAUAGGUGAGAAACUACUCCCUAAUAGUAGACAUGGGAAAAUUCCUCUAGGAGCAAAAUCAUGUAAAUAUAAUGAGCAAAGGGAUGGCCUCAGCCUUUGCCAGGACCUCACUCAGGUGGUUUCUUAUCAGCCUCUGGAGUAUAAUGAAAACGGACAAGACAUCCAUGAGGAAGUGGCCCUUUGUGCGAGCCAGCACUCUCAGCUGGGGGAGAUGCUCUAUAAACACUCUGGAUGUGGAAGAACUUUCAUUGACAGUUUGAAGCUCAGUGUGUCUCAGAAAACCCAUUUGCACAUGGAGCCACAUGAAUGCAGUAUUUGUAGAAAGUCUUUUUAUGUGGAUUUGCAGUUUGGACAGCAGAGAGCUCUUUCAGGAAACAGUCCUUAUGAGCAUAAUGAAUAUGAGAAAAUCUUCUGUGAUGGUUCAGCUUUCAUUGUUCAUCAGGAAGCUUACACAAGAAAGAUUGCCCAAGAGUAUAAAGUGAGUAGCAAACCUUGGGGAAAGUCAGCUGUCUUUAAACACCAGAUAGUACAGAUGGGGGCGAAACCCUAUGAAUAUCAUGAGAACGGGAAGUUUUUCAGCAAGAAAUCACAUCCCACCCAGUCUCGAAGAGCUCACUUGGGGGAGAAAACCUUUGAAUGUGGUGAGUGUGGCAAAUUGUUUUGGGAGAAAUCAAACCUUACCCAGCACCAGAGAACACACACAGGAGAGAAACCAUAUGAAUGUACCGAGUGUGGGAAAGCCUUUUGCCAGAAACCACACCUUACCAACCACCAGCGAACACAUACAGGAGAAAAACCCUAUGAAUGCAAGCAGUGUGGGAAAACAUUCUGCGUCAAAUCAAACCUUACUGAACAUCAAAGAACACACACAGGGGAGAAACCCUAUGAAUGUAAUGCAUGUAGGAAAUCCUUCUGCCACAGGUCAGCCCUCACUGUCCACCAGAGAACACAUACAGGGGAGAAACCGUUUAUAUGCAGUGAAUGUGGGAAGUCAUUCUGCGUGAAGUCAAACCUGAUUGUACAUCAAAGAACUCACACCGGAGAGAAACCCUACAAAUGUAAUGAAUGUGGGAAAACGUUCUGUGAAAAAUCAGCUCUUACUAAACACCAGAGAACUCACACGGGGGAGAAACCCUACGAGUGUAAUGUGUGUGGGAAGACCUUCAGUCAGCGGUCAGUGCUCACCAAGCACCAGAGAAUUCACACAAGGAUGAAGGCCCUUGCAGCAUCCUGAAUGUUCACCUUAUGCCUGUCAAGUUGGUUGUACAGUUUUAAAAAUGAGCUUAGAGACUGCCAAAGAAUGCCACAGAGUACUAGAAAAUGCCAUUUUGUGGAAAUACAUGAGAGCUUUCAAGAAAAUAAAAACUUUAAUUAGAAAGAUUGUAUUGAAGGGAAAUCAUUCAUAUAAACAACAUGGUAAAAAAAAGUCUAUAGAGUUUAAAUUGUGUAAUGUCUUCCAAAUGUGUUUCAAAAUUGUAUUUUAAAUAUAAUGGAUAAUAUUAAUUUUUCUUGUAUUCAUGGAACCUAAAAGUGAGUGACAAUAGCGCUAAACAUAUAUGUAAAGAACAUUUGAUGUUUUUAGACCUCGUAUGAGUAUGCUAAUGUAAUAUUAAUGUAAUUUAGGAAGUCCUUGAUUUAUGUAUUGGAACCCAAUAAGGAUGUGAGGAAAAAAAAAACAUGAACUCCUAAUGUAAUACCAUUAUGGUAUACUUUCCAUGCUAAAUACCACCAGUGUCUUUUUAGGUUGAUAAGAUUAUGUAUGUUUAUGAACAUAUGUGUGAAUAUGGGCCUUUAUGUAUGUAUAUGUAAAUAUAUUUAUAUGCAUGUACCUAUAUUUCACGUGGAAAUUCUUGCCUUGCGUUGGGCGCCACAUGUGGACCAAAUUUCUGUCCCACCUGGUCCUGCUUUCAUUUAGUCCCAAAUAAACACACAAAGGCUUUUAUUAAUUAUAAACUCUUUGGAAAAUGGCUUAGGCUUCUUACUGGCUAGCUCUCUCUUAAUUAUUAACACAUUUCUAUUAAUCUAUGUAUCUCCAUGUGGUUCUUGGUUUGCCGGAGAAUGCCCAAGCCUCUUGCUUCCUUAGCAGCUACAUGAUGUCUGUUCCUCAACUCACUCCCUGCGUUCCUCUUCCCAGCCGUCUCCUAGUCCGGAAGCCCAGCCUAUACUUCCUGCCUGAUUACAUCCUGCCUGUCCAUUGUCCGAAACAACUUUAUUCAUCAACCAGUAAGAGAAACAUAUUCACAGCAUGCAGAAGGGCAUCUCCCAUAACCUAUACUCAAAUGGUGAUGUCAUAAAGGCAGCUCACACCAACUUAAAAGUGCUGAUAAUUGUAAAAUUUCAGGAAUUUUGUGAAUCAAUUGUUUAAAAUUACAUGAAGUUACAAUUAAAUUAUAUCGAGAGCAAAGGAAAUAAAUAGCACUCAUCAUUCCUUUUAUUUUGCUCUUUCACUGUUAGCCGUUGCUGCGUACCAUUGAUCUACAUUCUGAGAGUGCUGUAGAGUUGGAUCCUGUUGCAUAUCUCUUCCAGACUCCACCACAGGCCAUCCUAACUCUCACCUUGGUAGUAGCCUGGCCUUAGAGUGUUUACACUGUGGAACUGACAAUCCAUGUGUCAGGGUAUUGAUUUUCUUAGAGAAGCUGUGUGUAUAUGAACUGUAUGGCAGAUAUAAAGUAUAAAUCACCCAUUUUUCUUUCUGUUCCUAAAAGGAAUAAAUGGCUGUAGCUAUCAUUACCAAACUGCCUCUAUAGUAAAGAAGCCAAAAGAUGGUUUGACCCUUUUAAUUUCCUCAGAAUUAUCCAGUUCUAAACACUACGUGUAAUUCUCUUGACAGGUUGGCCAGUACGUGUUUGUUUCACAUGAUAUUAUUUCACUCACACACAAAACAUUAUCACAUACUUUUCACUAUUCUGGACCAUGAAUAAUAUGGCCAUUAUUACCAAACUACCCAUUUGGUGAAGAAACCAAACUAUAUUUCUGAGGGUUUUUCUUAGCUACCUCUGUGUCAAUCAUAUAAAUGCUGUUAAUAAAAAUGAUAUUUACAUGACUUAGCAUGUGUUGCAAAUGGUAACACUGCACUCUGAAAACUAAAUAUGGUAGUGUAUAAUAAAAUGUUCAUUUUAUACCCUUGGUAUUUCAUUGUGUAUCUAUUUAGGCAUGAUUGCAUGUAACCAUAGUUCUGUGUCUUUCUGUAACUAUAUACCUGCAUAGUGUCUCUACCUCCUUUGUUUUAUUCUCAAUACCUAUUGGAAACACAUUGAUCAUUAGUUUAAGAGAUGCUGGUCACCUUCUUUGCUGCAUUGAGUUUUAUCUCUUUUCUUCCCUUCCCUAGAUUGUUUGGGGAAUAAGUCCAGAUUUGUCAAAGCAAAUCAUGGCAACUCCAUUCUGACAAUUAUGUUGAAGUUAGAGAAUGCUAUGUAAUACUGGAAUUGAUUUUAGUUGUGAAGUUGUCAUAACAGAAGACAACAUAAGAGACCACAACUUUUGGAAUUCAUGUUGCAGGAAUUUUGUCAUCAGUGUGUUAGCCAAUGAUAAGGAGCGACUUGGCCCUAAGGGCAGAGUUUUCAGUAGAGGGUAUGUGAUCCGAAUACCCCAAUAAAGGGCGGGGUGAAGGAUGCUCUCUUGGGUGUAGGCAAGCUGACAGCGAGCCAUGGGAGCACGUGUGGCUGGCAGCUUAGUUCUCAUUCCCUUUUGGAAUGAACAACAGCAGAAACAGUGACAGUGUAUCAGCUGGACUGGUAGCAGCAGCAGCUUCGUUCUGCCCUGUCCGUGUGGUACUUGAUUCUGAUUUGUCUGUUAAUAAAAUGAAUGUGACCCCA